AUUUAGAAAAAAACGUUUACUUUGUGCAAGUAGGGAUAUUCCUCUGUUUCAAGCGGAGUCUCUUCUCGUUUGGGAUUUUAUUAUCUCUUUAGCUAAAGACAAUCUCAACCACUCCGCUCAAUGUCUGCCUCUUUUGUCCCUCAGUUUGAUGCCUUCCUAAGUUUCAGCGCAGAAGAAGAAGCUACCAUAACUUUUAUAACAGAUCUUUACCGUUUGUUGUCAGAAAAAGGCGUCACAACUUACUACAAAGAUGACAAGCAGGAGGAGAGAAUCCCAUCUUCCAGUUCUGACCCAAUGAAAUACAUUAGAGAUUCAAAACUGGCCGUUGUGGUGGUCUCGGAAAGCUAUCCAACCUCUGUUUUGUGCCUGAACGAGCUCCAAACAAUACUAAAUUUGCACGACGAAGGUCAACUCUCCGUCCUACUCAUCUUCUAUGGAGUGGAUACUUCGAAUAUAAGAAAGCAGGCCGCAGAAGACGAACCUUUCAGAAAUCUUGGUAAAGAGUAUUCAGAUGAGGAGGUUCAAUCAUGGAGGAUGGCUCUUAUCAAACUCACCAGUAUAUCCGGCCUAGAUUCGCGUUUUUGGAGCAAAGAAGCAAAGAUGGUCGAUUUGAUUGCAAAUGAAAUAUCGCACUUGAUUUCAAAUAAGCCGAACAAUCCAUCAAAAUUCAAAGAGGAUGGACCCGUGGCAAUGGAUCGUCAUAUGCAGGCAUUAUAUGGGUUGCUGGACUUAAACUCCAACAAGGAAGUCCGCAUGGUAGGUAUAUGUGGUCCAGGAGGCGUUGGCAAGACGACGUUAGCAAGAUACGCCUACGAAGAAAUGUCUGUCAGUUUCCAUGUCCAUAUGUUUGUUGACAACUCUGAAAAGAACUAUCAUCAAGACCUCCAAGAAACAUUCACGUCCAGAGAUAUUCAAGAAGAAUCUCAAACUGAUGUCAUCAGAUCAGCACUUGGACAGCAAAGAGGUCUGCUUGUUAUUGAUUCUGUGGAUAACCUCCAACAGUUAAAGGACAUAGCAGAGAUCGUUGGCUGGUUAGGUUCAGGGAGUAGAGUCAUCUUUAUUACACAGGAAAAGAGUUUGUUAGAUGAAUGUGGUCUGGAGCAUGUCUAUGAACUCCUGUCUCUUAGAUACGACGAAGCUCUCCAACUCUUUUGCCAAUCUGCUUUCAAACAGCAGCACCCUCCUACUAUUUUUAGAUCACUCGCUCUUCGUGCUGUUCAGAUUGCCAGUUUCCUUCCUCUGACUCUUCAAAUCCUAGGUUCUUCUUUACAUGGCAAGGAUAAAAAGACUUGGGAGGAGGAGCUGCAAAAACUCGUAGGCGACCAAGAGAAAACUAUAAUAGAAGUAAUGAAGAAAAGUUUCGCAAGAGAAAAUGAGGAAUAUAUAGGUGAAUCGAUGAUGUCAAAAAGAAAAGGAAAAAAAAAAGAUGAAUCGAUGAAGAAGAUUUAACAACAUCAAGUCUGUUUAUGUGUUGUCGUGAUGUAUAUGGUUUUACAUUUUCAACUACGAACUAAUAUUUGAAACUCGUUUCAUAAAACAUGUCAAUUUGACAUUUUAUAUAUAUUAAAAAAUGCAUUAAAAUUCUUA